AGUUUGUAUUGUACUAUGUGUUUGUUAUGUUUUGAUGUGGUAACAUUGUAAAAAUGAAGCAUACUAAUUAAAUCAGCUGUUAGAGUUACAUACAGUAUUAAUUUAUUGAGUGUCAUGAUAAUAUACACUAAAUAGGAUGAAAUAAAUACUACAUAGUCAGUAAAUCAAACAGUAACUAUUCAAAUAAAUAAAAGGCCGUUCUUGACUCUAGUUCCAUACAUAUUAAUUGGUUAUUUGGUAUUAACAGAUGAAAUUCAUACAUUCAUAACGCCAACUUAUAUGCCAGCUGAGGGACUAGACUGAUGGGAUAGUUUUAAAUUAAUAGACUUACAAAUAUGUCUUGCAUCAAAGAAGGCAAUUGGAUUAGAAGGUUCUCAGUAUCAGAUCCGUUUAAACAUAAUAAAGGAUUUACUCUGUACAAAAUAACGUCACUGGUCUAUCCAAAAAAGUAUCCUGAAGCCAUUACAAAAAUAGUGAUUUGGAAAAGAUACAAUGAUUUUAAGAAGUUGUAUAAGGAGCUGAAAGUAUGCCAUAAGAAGCUACAUCUUGACGAUGAAUUCCCAGCUUUUGUUAAAGCUAAGUUUUUCAGCAGAUUUGAAUCUGAUGUGGUUGAAGAACGUCGACAAGCUGCCUUAAAACUUCUAGAAUUUGUGGCACAGCAUCCUCCUUUGUUUACAUCUGACGUUUUUGUAAAAUUUUUUGAGACAGGGUACACUGUGGAUAGUGAGGAUGGGACAGUCAGUAAUACAGCUGUGAAACGAUCUGCCUCCCCCCUCCCUCUUCCCUCUGCGAGAGCAGACCCUGACACUGGACAAGUUCCAGUACCUGGUCAUGGCAGUUCGGACGAUGAUCACACAAGUUUCACCACUGACACUGAUUCUGCCAUUAGUUCUCCUGUUCUGGAUACAGAGCCAGACCGCUGUGAGAGCCCGUCAGUGGAAGAGGAUACAUGGAACAGUCGACAGCUGCAACCCUCACAGUCACAGACCACUCUCAGCAGUUUGGCCUCCGUAGAGAGCCUUUUUUCUCGACAGAUCCAAUCAUUCAAGAAUCGUUUUAUUAGCAUCACUUCUGAUACAAAUGACGCACGUCAGAAAGAGGCGGAAGUAUCCAGAUAUUGGACAGAAGCUCAGAAGGUGGUGACUACUGCAGAAGAGAAGGAGCGAGAGGGAGACUACCAGACAGCCUUCAAUUGUUACAAGGCAGCUAUUGCACAGCUUCUCAGUGGUGUACAGAAUGACACAGAUAGUGAUCGGCGAAAGCUGGUAAAGGAGAAGACGGCUGAUUACUUGUGCAAAGCUGAGUUCAUUGCUAACAACUUCUUGUCAAGCGACAGUAACUCUGUCAAGAAAACGGAGAGUGACAUUGUGCCACUGUCAAAAUUGUGGCAACCCCUCUCAGACCUGCAAUGGUUCAAGGUUGUUGGUGUUGUCGGCAAAGUUAUGCUAGUCAUUGAUUCACGCACUAAUUUCCUGUUUAUCGUAAAGGCACUUUACAAAUCCUCGUAUCCGAUAAACAAAAACAAAUGCUGCAUCUUCCCACGGCGCAUUCCGUACAUGGUGGAGCUCAACUCUAUAUUUGAGACUGACUCAUCUGUUUUUCUAGUCUUGCAGUAUAUCAGUGGUGGAAAGCUGUGGGACUAUGUAAGUCCAUUCUUCCACAAACCUCAAGAAACCCCAGUCAAGGCUCGUAGCAGCAACCCUUACUCGAGCCCUCACUGUCUGGAGCCAGAUCACAUAUCCGUAUCGACCUCUGACUCCUGCCCUUCCACACUAAACCUCCCAGCAACAGACUGUGAGGUAAGAUCGACAGUCUCCAGUCCUGGAAACAGUUAUUUGGACCUGAUCCGGGACUAUACGGAGAACAAACGUAUGGAACUACAAGGGAUCACUGAGUCCACACCACCUGAUGUUGUGAUAGAGAAACCCACAACAGUGGAAGAUACGCAAUCUACAGUAUACAAGAUUGUCAGUGAUACGUUGAGCAAUCAUAGCUGCAACAGUCGAAAGAACAGUCUACCUACGCUGACUGCUUCGAGCGAUAACUUGUACAGAGACGUGCUCACAUUGGUCAACUCAGAAUUUACACUGAACAUCGCUGACAGUGUUGACAUUGAGACUAAGGACCUUGUGGAACACGCCCAGAGACUGCUGCAGUCUGUAGAUGCAACACUGCUGGAGAGUGAGAAUGUGACAAGCCGAGUGGGGCUGACUGUGGACAGAGAACCUGACAGGCUAUCUGUAGCUUCCAACAACUCAGGCCGAUCUCUGGACGUCUGUCGCCUCGCACCCAACAUCAGUUCUAAGGGGUCUUCACCGUUAAGUUCUGUGGGACCUGAUGCUGCUCCGCAAUGGUGCCAGUUGGAAGUGAGUGGUGCUGGUAUUGCUGAAGAUACUGUCCGGCGCUGGGCAGCACAACUGUUGGUGGCAUUACAGGCCUUGCAUCAAAUGGGCAUUAUAUGUCUGGACCUGAAUCCGGAUAAUGUGCUGGUGUGUGGUAGCACCGUACGACUAACAUACUUCUGCAGUUUCCCGGGUGUGGAACCUCAGCUCAGUUCGCAGGCGUGUAGUCAGCUGUACACUGCGCCCGAGCUGUCUACUAUCUUCCCACCGACAGCGGCCGCUGAUUGGUGGAGUCUAGGCACUCUGCUCUACCAACUACUCACUGGGCAGAGCCUCUGUUCAUACUAUCCAAGCGGAGUCUUCUGUCACACAAUUCUUCACAUUCCAGAUACCAUAUCUGUUGAAGCUCGUUCACUUCUAAAAGAGCUCCUAAGGUACAACCCUAGCGAGAGACUCGGCUCUGGACUAUUAGGUGUGGAAGAGAUCAAAUCUCACCCAUUCUUUGACGGCAUCCUAUGGGAGCAGAUAUACAAUGAUGGGCUCAUGCCUGUCUAGUUAUGUUCCUAUACAUAUCUGACCUCAUUAUUUUAAGACUUUUUGUCCUAAUGGCAACAUUCUGUUUUUGUGUACAAAACAGUAGAUUUUAUCUGUUACUUGUCCUGAAUUAGUUUUAUUGUUUUACCUGUGAUAGUUUUUUUUUAACAACUUAACUGAACUUUGUUUAUUGUUGAUUUAUUUUUAAGACGUGUUACUGUGUGUUCUUGUUGUUAUUUAUAAGUACUUGGUUUUAUAUUUCUUUUUAGUACAUGUAUUUUAUGUAGACAUUUUCUAUGAAAUGCCAUUAUGUUUUUAUAACAUGUUAAUGUACAAUAAACCCUUUACACUCUAAAUAUUUUCUUUAAAACUCAUAUCACAUGAUAGAAAUUGAAGAUGAAGUAAAUGAUGACCUUUAUUAUGUAUAAUUUGAGUAAAACUUAAUAGUUCUUAAUACCAAGAUUUUAGUAUGCAAGUAUGAUUUCAAACCCUUUGAGCUGGUAGUGUUAAAGCAAUAGUAUACAAUUAUUACUGAUUCAAUCUAUUAAAUAUGUGUAUUGUGUAGAAAAAUUAUUAAAAAAUGUUUUGAAAGUUUAAAAAGAAAUAGAGAAGAGCUCAGAAAGAAGGUUAUUUGCAUGUCUGACUUCUUUCUGAGGUGCACAACUCUAUUCUAGUUUUUAAGAUGUCAUUUCCUACGAAAGUUCCAAAUAUCCUAUUUUACUCCCUUUAUCUUGAAGUUCAAACAAAAAAGCAAGUAGAAGUGAUAAUUAAAGCAUUAUAAGAACUCGGUCAUUUUAACAUAAAUGGAACCGAUUUAAAACAAUCAGAUUUUCUUGCAGUAUUGUAUUUUUUAUAAAGUUACAUAAAAAUUAACUGAAGUUUUAUAUAAGCUUUGCAUUAUGGAACAUAUAUUAUAGGAGUAUUAACUACCAGUUUUACAUAGUACAUGUUCAAGAUUCCUAAUUUAUUGGAACUCACUUGGCUUAAAUGUUGCCAGAUCGCUUACUGCGGCUUAAAAACAUAUACUAGUGGGAUAAUCCAAAUUUAUCAAAUUCUGAAUUUAAAAUAUUAUUAACCCUUUGAGUGCCAACGUCCGAUUUUACCGGACGACAAAAGUUGGCCGAAAAGUGCCGACGUCCGAUUUUACCGGACGUUCGGGAAAAAGUCACUAAAAAU